AUGCAUGAUCGGGAUAUUCUAAAGAUUAAAGCAAGUAAAUCGAAUGAUUCAAAUGACUGGUCACUUUUUAAAAAACAACGCAAUAUAGUAAAUAGCGAAAUCAGAUUAGCCAAGCAAGCCUAUUAUAAAAAUAGUUUUAACAAGUAUAUGGGUGAUUCUAAAAAGACCUGGCAGACUAUCAAUGAACUUACUUGGCGAAAAUCUGGAAAAAAAUCGGUGGCAUCUCUGAAAGUAAAUGGAGUAUCAAUAACAAAUCCAACUGUUCUGUCGAACCAAUUUAAUAAUCACUUUGCUACUAUCGGUCCAGAACUUGCCAGCAAUAUUGAUUCCUCAAAUAGUGAUGGCUAUCAAAAGUACCUCACUGGCACAGAUAAACGGUUUCAGCUCCAUCCGACCAGUACAAAUAAAGUUCUCUCACUUUUGAAUCGUCUAAAUAAGUCAAAGGCAGCUGGCCUCGACAAGAUAUCUGCUAGGCUCAUUCGGGAAUGUGCAGAUGUCAUUUGCAUUCCUAUCCGUGAUAUUUUUAACCAGUCAGUAAGUCAAGGCAUAUUUCCGGAUGACUGGAAAUGUGCAAAGGUCACCCCACUUUUUAAACAAGGCGAUCGGGACGACUUAAAUAAUUAUCGUCUAAUUUCGGUGAUCUCAGUUAUAGCCAAGGUCUUUGAAAGAAUCGUCUAUGAUCAAUUAUAUGCCUACCUAGAAGAGCAUAAUAUAAUUUGUAAAUAUCAAUCAGGCUUUCGUGCUAUUCACUCAACUGUCACCGCUCUCCUCGAGGCCACGGACACUUGGGCGUAUAAUAUUGACCGCGGUAAAAUCAACGCCGUUGUUUUCUUAGAUCUCAAAAAGGCCUUCGACACAGUUGACCAUGAGAUCCUUUUAUCAAAAUUAAGCAAUUACGGCAUAUAUGGUAACGCGCACCAAUGGUGUAAGUCAUAUUUUUUUUUUUUUUUUUGUUCCAUCAACGGAUCGCUCUCUCAAAGCUGUUUAUUAAGUUGUGGUGUUCCCCAGGGGACGAUUUUUGGUCCACUAAUAUUUCUGUUAUACAUCAACGAUCUUCCAAACUGUCUUUCAAAUUGUGAGCCGAGGAUGUACGCUGAUGGCACCCACCUUACAUACGCAGGUGGUAAUGUAGACAAUAUUCAGUUGCAUCUAAAUCAAGAUUUAGAAAAUGUUCACAAUUGGCUGAGAGCAAACAAACUCACUCUAAAUAUGACUAAAACCGAAUUUAUGCUUAUCGGAUCUAGGCAGAGGCUAAGUACUCUCACAGAGUCCCCGACAGUUGCAAUUAAUGAUUUUCAAGUUAGCGAGGUCACUACUGCAAAAUCACUUGGAGUGACCAUCGAUGACAGACUUGAUUGAAGUGGCCAUAUCGAGAAAGUAACAAAGAAAGUCGCUUCUGGUGUUGGGGCCAUAAAACGAAUAAGGCACCUUGUCCCUUAGGCGACCUUACAAUUAAUAUAUCAAGCUUUAAUAGAGCCACACUUUGAUUAUUGCAACAUUGUUUGGGGAAACUGUGGGAUAACUUUACGGAAUAAGGUUCAAAAGCUACAAAACAGAGCAGCCCGUGUUUUGACCUACUCAAGCUAUGACGUAGAUGCUGGUCACCUUUUCAAACUUCUUGGGUGGAAAAACCUAGCUUGCCAGCAACAAAUUCAAAGAGCUACGAUGGUUUACAGGUCUCUGCACAGGUUGGCUCCAAACUAUCUUAGUUCUAAAUUUGAAAGUGAGAAGUCGCAUAUAACCUAA